UUGGUGCUAUAGAAAUUACCCAAGAUAUUCCGAAUGCCGGGCAACUGUUGUAAACAAGAUGGAUGGUGUUACCCUGUGUUGGCAGGUGGCAAGAGGGAUAAAUUCACAUUAAGCUUCCGGAUAUCAAAGGCCGAAAUAUAGGCUGGAAAGGAUAGUACAAAUGAAUAGAGACUAAGUGACUUUUUAUAAGGAAUUACAGUUAAUAUGGUUUACGAAAGCAGAAAGAAUACUUCGCCAUCGAAGUUACUGGCAGUUGAUCCAUAUAAAAAGAAUGCCUAUUCCCAGAAUGUGACCUUUGAUAUCCGUCACCUGGACAAAACCCCUGCUAUAGAAAAUGUAGUGGUCAGCACAUCAGAGGAUGACUAUAACCCAGAGGUCAGCGCCAAGAAAACGCAAGCUAAGGACUGGGAGCUGGAUGUCCGAGCCCUCAUCUCCUCCAAAAAAUGGCUACAGAAUUAUGGUCUGAAGAAAAACCGCCUGACCUUCUACCAGAUUCUACCUGUGAUUGGAUUCAAACACAGUGAUGACUUUGACAGAAUUCUCAAAAGACCAGUAUCAUCCCGAUAUGGAACAGGACUAUUCAGCACAUUGUUUCAUCCAGGAGAAGGAAAAACAUUCAAUAUAACAUGUGGAAGAGAAAUGUUGAAACAGAUAGAGGGAAGGUUAACACAGGCCAUCAACCUAUUCAACAGAAGACUGGAAUGGCUGACUACAGAGAGCAGACGUUUGUUUGGAGUCAUAGAAGAGAAGGCCAUUACUAUAGUCCUAGACAUUCGCAAUAUGUCUCCACAGCAGUUUGACCAGUACAGAAUAGCCUUAGAAACUGUCAUUUAUGAACAAUUAACACAAAUUUCAAAGUUCAAUCUCAUUAGGUCGGCAGAUGAUAUGCAGUUGUAUCAUCCAGAAUGUGUUCCUGUAACCCAUGAUACGAUACAGGGAGCUGUUGAUUGGUUGUGGGACUUGGACAGACUAGCCCCUGUGUCCAAAACAGCCACAGCUGAAGCUGUGCUUAAAGCUAUGAUGGAUCAACAUAAUGAAGCAGUAUAUUUGUUCACAGAGGGCAAUUCCAUCGAUUCCUGCAAGGAACUCUUAAAAGAAAAGGUACAAGCUUGCCCAAGGAAGAUUCCCCUUCAUCUGGUGUCCUAUAAUUGUGACUCCUCUGAUAUAGUUAGGUUUCUGCGAGAAUUUGCCAGAGGAAUUGGAUCAAAGUUCCAUGCAUAUGCAGUCAUCAUGGAAAUGGAUGCAUAUGAAGGACAGCCUUUAGAUCCUAAAACAAACAAAGCCAACAUUGUGCUAAAAAAGAAAACUUUUGGAGGUGUUCCUCCUGGAGCAGGGAUGAGAGAGGAUGUGAUGCUAAUUUUUGAAGAAUUGGAAGAGGCAAGAAAUGUCCGCUCCCAGAUUCAAGCACUCACAGAAACAGUCCCUGAGCCCAAGAUUCAAAUUGAGUCAAAAAUCAGUAAGUGGGACUGCGAAAAUGUUGAAGAACAAUAUAUGGGAACAAAAGAAUGGCUGAAGAGGUAUGGAUUGAGUGCUCGCAGGCUUGAACUUUUUGAUGUGUUGGCAUCUGUAGCUUUCAAACACCAGGAUGGAGCUGUAGACAUCAACAUGAAACCAGGGGAAAAUACUCAAACUGAUGCUGUAAAACAUACCAAGCUAGUGAAUGCGAGAUACUGUGAUAGAUUCCCCAUUGUAAAGUGGAAAGAUGGCCGAGUGGUUCAUGUUCAAGUCACACCAGAACUUCAUAGAGAAUAUGAAAGAAAGAUGACCGUUGCCCUAAACUCUUUUCAUCAAAGAAUUGACUGGCUGAACAAGGGAAGCAGAGCACUGUUUGGAACUGUCAUAGAAGAUCAGAUUUAUAUCCUUAUAGACACUUCAGCAUCCAUGUUACCUAGUAUUCAGUAUCUCAAGGAUAAACUCUUCUUACUUAUGCAGGAACAAAUAAGACACAAGAAGAAGUUCAACCUGAUUUCCUACAACUCCAAAGCCACGGCCUGGCAGAAUCGGUUGGUGGAUAUAUCAGAGCUGAGUCUAAAAGGAGCCUGGAAGUGGAUCCAGGGUCUGUCAUGCUGGGGCUCCACCAACACUUAUGCUGCUCUACAGCAUGCAUUAUCUGACCCUGGCACUCAGGCUAUAUACCUACUCACUGAUGGAAGACCAGAUCAGCCACCUAAAUCCAUCAUUGCUCAAGUUCAGAUGCAUCAUUCUGUUCCUGUUCAUGCCAUUUCCUUUAACUGCAAUGAUAAGGAGGCUAAUGAAUUCUUGUUUGACCUUGCCAAAGCCACAGGUGGACGAUAUCAUUACUUCUCAGAAAAAGGCAAGGACCCAGACCAGCCAGAAUCAUGGGAGAGUGAAGAUAUACGCCACAUCAAAGAUGAGAUUCAGAGAGGAUUAGAGGCUUUGGACAAAGUGGAGGAAUUAAGAGAUGAAUGCUCCAAUCUGUCUUACAAAAAAGAGGUAUCCGAGAUGAAGAAAUGCAGUAGAGAUCACGUGUUAUCCAAUACUGACAGAACCUCAGCAGUCCCUCCCAUGGACACCAAAGACCUGUACAGAUCUACCCCAUCUCCUCCUCCUAGACCUAAGAGCGCUCCUCCCGUUCAGUCCUUCAGACACACUCCUACUCCCCCUAAAUCUCCCAGACAUUCAGAGCCCUCAGAUCUUCACCCAACCCCCUCCUCUGGGAGACCACAGACUGCUCGACUGCGGUCCUCUAGGCCCCAGAGCUCAAAGUCGGCAUCCUCCAAAAACGCUCUUAGUGCCAUUUAUAAAAGAAAAAUGAUCCGACAUAUUGGUCACACUAAAACCAGCAUGCUACGCACUUUGAACAGCAGUGGACGUUUUUCACCCAACGAAUGGCUUUUGCCAGAAACCAGAGCCUUGUUUGAAAAGCAAGCUGAGAAACAGAGACAGUUGGCCAUAGAGACAGAAAAAGAAAAGAGCAAACGAUUGAAGGUGAAGAGAGUCAUUAGGUCCAAGGAAAUGUCAUCCAAGAUGUGGCUGAGCAAAAAUGGACUAGUGGCCAAGAAAUUGACCAUACUGGAUGCCCUUUCACCGACAAUGGUCCCCCACAAAACAAAAUAUGUACCCAUCUUGGAUAAACAUGUUGUUGCCAAAGUUUUUGAUGAAAUACUGCCUGUAGCCCAUGUGUCUAGCAGGACAAAACAACAGAUAACUUUGGUCAAUCCUAUUGCUGUGGAUCUGGAAGGCUACAAAAAGAAAGUGCGGAAAUGUGUAGAUCAGUACAAGGCGAGAUUGAAUAGAAUUGUGUGGAAUGCGCUGCCUGAAUCUGCAAAGGCUGAAUUUGAUUCAGAGGAACCUGUAUCAUUUGAAGACAACAAAUUAAAAUUAAUGAAAGCCCUAGACAAUGCUGGAUGCCCAGUCAGAGAGCAAGACAUAUUGCUACUGGAAAAAGAAAUUAAAAGAGGAGAAAAGUACAUUGAGCAGGCAGAAGACUUACGACGCGCUUCUGAUCCGAACAGACAGGAGAGUUUUGAUGACUUGGUGAGGAAUCGCAGCAGACAGAGCAGCAGAAGUUCUUCAUCCAGGAGCAGUAGAAGCAGCAGACACAGCAGUGCUAGCAGCAGAAGCAGUAGGAGCAGUAGGGGUAGUAGAAGCAGACGCUCCCGUAGUGAGAGUCCUAGAAGUCCAAGGAGUAGGACUCCAAGCAGAAGUCCUAGUCCUGCUAGGAGUAACAAAGAUGAGGAUGAACUUAAUGUGUAUGAUGAUAAAGCCAGCAUUGCGUCCAGUUUGACCGUGAACUCCAAUCCUGAUGAAGAGGGCCAUAGAAGUCACAACUGCCUGGACAGAAAACCAGUCAAACUCAAAAACCAACUUCUGAUGGAUCAAGAGAAAGAUUUACCACAAAACAUCAUACGACGAGUCCUUGAUACACUGAAAGGUCAAUCAGUGGUGGCCAGGAGGGACUCGGAUGGACUCUAUUAUCCUGGAACUGUUGUAAAAUGCCCUGACACCAGGCAUGCAUUGGUCGAGUUCGAAGACAAAGAACAGGUCCUCACACCCACCAGACUAAUGAUAGCAACCAGUGGUGCCAUUGCUAGACCUCAUCUCAGGAUUGGAGAUUGUGUUUUGGUGAGAGUCAUUAAUUCAGACUCAAAACUAGAGUGCUAUGCCCCUGGAAUUGUACAGGUUCUUCCUCAAGAUGAGACUGCACAGGCCAAAUUCUAUACAGUGAUGAUGUACAAUGGUCAACAGGCAACAGUAAUGAGAAAUUAUGUCAUGAAAAUCAGCAAGUCCAGAUUUGAGUUUGCGAUCCGCUACAUUGCAGAAAUUCAGAUGCAGAACCAAGGGAGCUUUGAUGACCAUGUUUAUGUGAAGACUCCACGAUCAGCCAGACCCAGUGAUAAAGAAAGAAGAGGAAGAAGGGAACAUAGAGAAAGAGAGAGGAAAGCCUCUCCCUCACCAGAAGUUGAAAUUUCUGUUGUUGACCAGACUGAGAGUGGCCCUCCUACUGAACAGAAUUCUGUGACAAGUGAGAGACCAGCCAGUGCUCGACCCCCAGCCCCUACCCCUAACACAGCAAGGACCGGCAAAACAAUGUCUCCACUCCCUGAGGAGGAAGCUUCAAGAUCAAGAUCACCGACUCCAACACCAAGAGUAUCAAGAUCAAAUUCUAGAAGCAGGUCAAGGUCAAGAUCUAGGUCAAGAUCUAGAAGCAGGUCAAGGUCACGUUCAUAUUCAGGAGAAAGAGAUAAAAGAUCAAGAUCAAAUUCAAGGUCAUCUAAAUCACGAUCCAGAUCAAGGAGUAGUGAAAGUUCAAGGUCUCAGUCCCCUAUCAAUCUAAAAAGCAGGUCAGAAAGCAUGGAGAGAUUAAAUAAGAAAAGCAAGAAACUUAAGCAACUCAAAAAGCAACUGAAAGAGCAACAAGAACAAUUUGAAGUACAGCAACAGAAAAUUCAAAAGCAAGCAAAGAAAUUGAAGAAAAUGAAGAAGAAACUUAAGAAGAAGAAAAAGUAUGAGAAGUCAGUUAAAUCCAGUAACCGUUCUGCUGUAAUAGAGGUGGAGGAUUCCGAGGACUCGGACGACAGUAAAGUGAAGGAGAGACCAGAUUCUCCAUCGUCAGUACAGGGCCAUGAAGUCACCUCUGGCCUUCUGAGGUUGAGGAAAACACUGCCAUGUCUGAGGGAGGGGGAGGAGGUUAUGGCUCGCUGGUCUGAUGAGGGCUGGUACUUCAGAGGUGUUGUUAAACAGGAUUGCAAUGACUUUAGUUACAUUAUUGAAGACAGCACAAGAAUGUGUGAGAGAAUAUGGAGAGAAGAUAUAAUCACUGAUUAUGAUGAUGCCAAUCAAGUCAUUCAGCCAAAAGAUCCCGUUGUGGCCCUUCACCCUCACUACAGUUUCAGUUACGCACCAGGAAUUGUGUUGGAGGUCUAUCAGAACUUACAAAUGAAAGUCCGAUUCUAUGAUGGAGAAGAAGACAAACUUCCAAGAGAGGAAAUUUAUAAAUUGACACCAGAAAAGUUUGAACAUGAUGUGAAUUACAUUGUCCAAUGUGAGACUCGAUGGGUGGGGCAAGCUGUGGUUGCUAGGGAUGACAGAAUGGGAAGCUACCACUUAGCUUCUGUAAAGGAUAGAGUUGGUAAUGGCAGGGAAUAUGUAUUAGAAUGGUGUGAUGGGGAGCAGGCCACACAGACCUCUCAUCAUAUAUUUGGAGUUUUCACCAAGCAUCACCCCCUGUCUGUGGGGGACCAUGUUCUAGCUAUGUGGGACAGUCACCAACAUGUGUACCUUCCAGGCUGGGUGGCAGGAAUUAUAGGGGAGAAAAUUAACAUCAAAUUCUGUGAUGGAACAAUACGGGAUGUAGAGGAUAUUUUACAAUGCUUCUGGUUAAGCAGUGACUAUUAUGAGAAUGCAGUUUUGUUCUACAACAAGUGCCAAACUCAGACAGAAGAAUCAGCAUAACCAUAGUCUGAUUAUUGUGAAUCAUUGAAACAUCAGGUAAACUGCUGUUGAUCAGGAAAUGUUACAGUAAUCUGAUACAUGUGUAUGCAUCUCUGGAAAUAUUGUAGAUGACCUUUGAAAUAUUUAAGUACUUACCAUUUAUGUUAGAUGACAGUUACAUAAUGCAGUGUGUAUGUAUUACAAGUUACUUAGCUGCACUAUGUCUAUAUGGUAUUUGCUCUACUUUAUCAUCAGUAGUCAGUGUGAUUGAGGUGUUUGCAUGAUUUUAUUUGGGUCUGAUGAAGAAAUUGAAAACAGGUCACAAUUAGUAUAGCCUCUGCAUUACGCAUAUUUAUUUAUACAUGUAGUAGAAUAUGUUGAGAAAAAAAAUGUACUGAUUUUGUUUUAUAAUUUGUCAAAUUUUGCAUAAUUUUGUCUCGAACAUCACACUAAUUGCUCUACUGUUCAAAGACUUCUGAAGAGUUUGUGUAUUGACAAGGUGUCUUUUGUUUGUUUGUUGUGCAAACUGUUGUCUGUAAACAAUUUUCAAAAUGCUACUCCUCCUACAGUUUCGGUUUGAUUUCUGUAGAACUUGGUACACAUGUAAAUUUUACCAAGAUACAUGAUUUCCUCAUUUGUUUUUUUUUUAAAGAUUGGUGUUGCCAUGUUAACUUAAAAUACAAACCUUUCAAAGUGCUACUCCUGCCACAGUUUGUGUUUGAUUUUAAUAAAACUUGGUAUACAGUAGACUACAAAAUGAUAUCGAAUUUCUCUUGUACUCUUAUAAGUGCAAACCAGUAGGGCUACAGUCUCAUCAGACUUCUGAUUAAAACUAUAUUACAAAAAUGGCAUUUACAUGGUGUAUAUCUCUUUUAGUGUUUUUUCUUUUUUAUCGGUUUAUUUAGAAGGGAAUUAUUUUGGUGCUAGAGAAUACUGUUUGUAUUAUUGAGUAUCUUAUUUAGAA